GUUACGUCGCCAAACAGAGCGUGGAGCGCAUAGACUGUACACAAAGUCUGUAUGUACAGUUUAUGGUGGAGCGCUCAUUGAGCUGUUCAAUGUGCGGCUCGUGGACGCUGUGAGGACAGACAUAUGAGGACACAGUGCUGGCUGUCCUGACGGAUAGAGGUCAGCUCACAGUCAGCUCACAGCUCACAGCUUACACGGAGGGUUGCAUCAUCCUGGAGUAUCCGGGAUGAGCCGCCCUGUACAUGAGCGGAGAUGGGAGUCCUGCUGUACUGGCCAAACAUUGUUGGAUACAUCAGGAUUGGCCUUGUGUUUGCUGCCUGGGCUGCCUACGACACACCAGCACUGUUUGUCCUUCUGUACUCCGUCUCCAUAGCUCUUGAUGGAGUGGAUGGCUGGCUGGCGAGGUGGCUGGGACAGACCUCCAGGUUUGGGGCCUGGCUGGAUGUAGUGGUGGACAACCUGGGCAGAGGCAUGCUGUGGAGCCUGCUGUUUGAGUGGGGUUUUCUGGUGUGUGCGCUGGAGUGGUGUGUGUUUGUGUGUAACCACAGCACCAGAGGUGAGCAGUGGAAGGAGAGCUUCAGCAGCAGCCCUCCACUCAUACAGGCCAUCAUGGCAAACGGUAACAAGUGUUCUUCUCUGUUUAAGCUGAUGUGCAAUGAUGUGCUGUACAGCUCCACAUUAGUCUGUGUGCCGGCAGGCUUUUGGACUCCUCUGGGUGUGUGGGUGGUGGGCGGGCUGCACUGCCUUCCUCUGUGGCUCUAUUCGUAUCAGUGGGGUUUACUGUCCCACUGGCUGGACGUGCCUCUCUGGAUCCAGGCUGCCGGGACGCUGCUGCUGGCCGCAGGCCGCCUGCUGGCUCUGUCUGCUGAGGUGUGGUGUAUAUGGAGCCACAUUGAACACCUCACCAAUGAUGAGAUGGAAGAGAAGAAGAACUGAAACACACUCACAUUCUGUUUUUUCUUUCUUAAUAUUGUGGGGGGGCUGCUAAGAUACAAGGUGUUACUCAUCGUACCCCUGCUAUUGCAAGACUGUGGUAUAUUAUUUUUGUUAUUUCUAGGGAACAGUUACUCUUAAAUGUAAGCCAGUGGAAUGUUAGCAGUCUUUGAAAAUGCUUGCACUAACAACAGACUGUCAGAUGGUAAUUGCUGUAAUCUAUCAUGAAAAGACCAAAGGGAAAGCUUUGUUGCGCACAUACAGUAGAUAGCUACUUUACCAAUGCUAUGCAGAAAUCCAGUUUAAAAAGCAAUGGCCGGGGAAAAGCAUAAUGUACUUUAAUACUUUUCCCCAUCUAAAAGUAUAAUUUACUGUAGUACAUUACACUUUUCCCAAUCCCUUGUAGAUGUAGAGGCUUUUUAAAUUGAAUUCCUGCACAGCAUUGGUAAAGCAUCAUCUAUUAUCUGAUUCAAAACAUAUUUUAUUGCUGCACAUUUACUGUAUUGUUACAUAUAGCUAUAUAUUGUAAAAAAAAAAAAAAAAAAACACUCACUGGUUAAGAAGCAUAUCAGCCUCUCAGAAAGAUAAUGAAUUUAAAAAUAGAGCAUUACUGUCAAAACAAGACGGCACAUCCAAAGUUUAGUAACACAGCUCUAAUAUGAUGACAAUCAUACAAUACCAGGCCAAAAAAAAGUCGCCACCUGGGUUUAACUAAGCAAAUAGGUAAGAGCCUUCCAUUGGAUAAUUACUGCAGUGAUGAAUAUGUUUCAGCUGCAACAACUUAUUUAACCCUAGCUGAUGCAGUGAGGAGCUUCUCAUUUCUUAAACAACCAUGUUGGAAGGCAUAUCCUGUGGUCAUGGAAAGGAUGUUAAUCUGUCUCAGAAGGGUCAAAUUAUUGGUCUGCAUCAAGCAAAGAAAACAACUAAGGAGAUUUCUGAAACUACUAAAAUCAGGUUAAGAACUGUCCAACGCAUUAUUAAAACCUGAAGGAUAGUGGUGAACCAUCAUCUUCAAGGAACAAAUGUGGUCGGAACAAACUCUUAGAUGAUCGCAGGAAAUCAACAGUAGAACUCAUGACUGUUUAAUAUUGAAAAUAAGAGCAUUUCCACAUGAAGGGAACUCAAAGGAUUGCGACUAAACAGCUGUAGCUCUAAGAAAACCACUGAUCAGUGAGGCUAAUCAGGAAAAAAAAGGCUUCAGUUUGCUAGGUAGCAUAAAGAUUGGACUCUGGAGCACUGGAAGAAGCUCAUGUGGUGUGAUGAGUCCUGAUUUAUCCUGUACCAGAGUGAUGGGGGCAUCAGGGUAAGAAGAGAGGCAGAUGAAGUGAUGCACUCAUCAUAGCUAUUACCUACUAGCCUGUGGGGGUUAGGGUUAUGAUCUGGGGUUGGUCAGGUUCAGCAACGUCAUGUUCCCAAAGAAUGAGGUCAGCUGAUUACCUGAAUAUACUGAAUGACCAGGUCUUUCCAUCAAUGGAGUUUUUCUUCCCUGAUGGCAUGGACAUGUUCCAAGAUGACGAUGCCAGGAUUCAUGGGGCUGACAUUGUGAAUGAGUAGUUCAGGCAGCAUGAGACGUCAUUUUCACACUUGGAUUGUCCUCCACAGAGUCCAGAACUCACCCCCACUGAGAAUCUAUGGGAUGUACUGGAGAAGACUUUGCACGACUCUUGCAUCAUCAAUAUAAGUUCUUGGUAGAAAAUGAAUCCAACUCUGGACAGAAAUAAAUGCUGUGACAUUGCAGAAGGUUAUUGAAAUGAUGCCACAGUGAAUGAGUGCCGUACUCAAAGCUAAAGGCAGUCCAACACAAUAUUAGUGUGUGCAACUUUUUUUUUGGCCCGGCAGUGUAUUUACUGUGUCUCCAAUUCUACAAUUACAUUUAGCAGAUGCUUUUAUCCAAAGCAACAUGCAUCUGAGAGUAGAUACAACACAAGCAAGGAUCUAGUCAGGGGAAAACAACUUGGACAAGAGCCAUAAAACAAUUUCAAGUGUGAUAAUAGGGCUGCACGGUGGUUAGCACUUUCACCUUGCAGCUAGAAGAUCCCGGGUUUGCUUCCCGGCCUUCCUGGCAUCUUUCUGCAUGGAGUUUCCAUGUUCUCCCUGUGCAUGUGUGGGUUUUCUCCGGGUUCUCUGGCUUCCUUCCACAGUCCAAAAACAUGCUGAGGUUAAUCGAUUUCUAUAAAUUGUCUGUAUGUGUGAAUGUGAGUGUGACUGUUUGUCUGUAAAUGUAGUCCUGUGAUAGACUGGUGACCUGUCCAGGUGUCCCUGAGGAUUAAGCGGUUUAUAGAUAAUGGAUGGAUAGAAGUGUGACAAGAGGAACGUGGAGACCAUGGACUCUUUUCUUAAAGACUGAGAGAACACUAAAACCCAGCUCUUCACCUUUGCUCUUGACAGACUGCAAAAGCAACAACAACAAAAAAAUCGUAUUAUGUCUGCACUGCCUGUAUACAUCACAGUCCUAUUAUCACACUUGAACUUGUUUCAUGGCUCUUAUCCAGGUUGUUUUCUUCUUAAUAGAUCCUUGCUUGUGUUGGAUCUCCUCUCAGAUGUACGUCGCUUUGGAUAAAAGCGUCUGCUAAAUGAAACUGUAGACUUGCGUCAUUGAUAGGAACUGCUUUAGUGGAUUUGGUCACAUAAACUGCCUUUAAAAGCUGUUUUUAUAUUUAUGCAUUUUAUUUGACUGUGUAAAUAGUUUUUGCUUUUUGUUGAGUUUUUGCUUGAGCGCAUUCUGUUUCUGAUUAAGAUUCUAGUUUGAACAGAUUUUUACAAUAAAGUGAAGUAAUGUGAUUAUUUGAAAUGUUAAUAGAUGCUUUUAGUCAUGAAAUCCAGAGAAAGGGGGUGUUACACUUUGGGUCAGUGAUGAGCUAAGCAUCCUCCACGCAUUCAUACAUAUUUUGCUUUCCAUGAAUUGAUCUAUGCACAGGUAAACACGGACACUUCCUUUAGUUUUACUGUAUUUCUAUUAUCGGUAUACCAACCUACAUGGAACUUUCUAAAAUAUGUUGAAGUUCCACUCACACUGAUCUGGUGUAAUAACAGUGGUGCAAGAAGAACACCGAUCCUUUACUUGAGUAGAGUAAUAAUACCACACUAUGAAUGUACUACAUACAAUAAGUCUAUGUAUGCACUGAGCACAGGCGUGUGUUAUGCAUGUGUACAUUAUGUACAGAUACCGAAUCGCAUGACCUAAAUAUGUAGCGGGCGGCAGGAAUUGAUUGGACUCUGAAACACCCCCACAACUGAAUCAAUUGUUCCUUGUAUGAUUUCCGAUGGAUAAGUCCAAAGCGGUGGAUUUGUAGUAGAAUUGCAAUCAUGUGAUUGUCACCAGGCAGCUGACAUAGCGUUCACUUGUCAUAGUUACAGUGACGUCAUGACGCUAUCUCCCAACAGAAACCUUUAACAAAUCAGUGGAUCCAGACUAUAAGCAGCAUCACUCUCAAAAUCUCACUUGGUCCUUGUGUCAUUUCUGUCCGAAUAUUCGGAUCUCAAAAUACACUAUAUUGCCAAAAGUAUUCGCUCACCCAUCCAAAUAAUCAGAAUCAGGUGUUCCAAUCACUUCCAUGGCCACAGGUGUAUAAAAUCAAGCACCUAGGCAUGCAGACUGGUUUUACAAACAUUUGUGAAAGAAUGGGUCACUCUCAGGAGCUCAGUGAAUUCCAGCGUGGAACUGUGAUAGGAUGCCACAUGUGCAACAAAUCCAGUCGUGACAUUUCCUCACUCCUAAAUAUUCCACAGUCAACUGUCAGCUGUAUUAUAAGAAAGUUGAAGUGUGUGGGAACGACAGCAACUCAGCCACCAAGUGGUAGGCCACGUAAACUGACGGAGCGGGGUCAGUGGAUGCUGAGGAGCAUAGUGCCAAGAGGUCGCCAACUUUCUGCAGAGUCAAUCGCUACAGACCUUCAAACUUCAUGUGGCCUUCAGAUUAGCUCAAGAACAGUGCUUCAGCAGAGAGCUUCAUGGAAUGGGUUUCCAUGGCCGAGCAGCUGCAUCCAAGCCAUACAUCACCAAGUGCAAUGCAAAGCUGUUAUGAUCCUGCUCUAGCUCCUGCCCUUCUUUCUCUUUCUUCCUCUUUUCUUUCUUCUCCCUUCUUCCUCCUGUCUUUGUCAUCUGUCUCUUUUGUAUUUCCCUCUGUUUGUCAUCUCUCUCCCUGUUGUCUCGCUCUCCUUGUCUUGUCCCUCUGGCUCCCUCUGUUUGCGUCUGUUGGUCUCUGCGUCUGUCUGUCUGCCCCCCUUGUCUCACUCACCUGCCUGCACUUUACUGAUUGCAGUAAUGCACAUCAGCUGCAGAAAUUAGUUCACUCAGUUCACCUGUUCUCCACUUCACCUAUUUAAGCUCUGUGCAUUCAUUCAGUCCCUGUUGGAUCAUAGAUUCUGUUACCCUCCUAGAUUCAGUUUCCACAUGGACUUUGCUUCCCCACCUUUGGACUCUGUUUUCCCCCCUCCUGGAUUUUCCCCACAUGGACUCAGUUCUCUACUGGAUUCUCACCAGCCCUGCUUCAGUCUCCAGCCUGUUUUUCCUUUCAUCUCGGUCUGCCCCUGGAUUCCCUCAGCCUGUCUUCCCCCUCUGUUGUCAGUUCCCCCAUCUUGUGAGUACCUCUCUUUAGCUUAAUAUUGUUAAUUCACUUUAGUUUUGUAGAUGUCCAUUUUUGCAUUCUUAGUAUUGGUUUGUGGAGUUGUGAGUAGUUUGGUUUAGUUCUGUCCCCCUAGUUUGGUUCUCCAUUUUAUGUAUUGGUUUAGUUAUCUGGUUUAAUAAAACUCUUUCCUUUA